ACCUAAGAUGGCGGACCGGCGGCGAAGGAGGAGGCGCGCGUCCCAGGACAGCGAGGACGACGACGAGUCCGGUUCGGGUUCGGACAGCGGGAGGUCGGGGUCCCCGGCGACCAGUAAGGGCCGAGUGAGGGAUCCCGAACCGCCGGUGGUGACAGCGGCCCGACCCGAGGCGAAGAGCGAGUCCGAGUGUGAGAGUGAAGAUGGUGUAGGAGAAGCUGUCCUCUCUGACUACGACAGUGCCGAUCCAGAAGAAAAUGGCUCCCAUUCAGAGGGAGUUGAGGAGGAAGAGGAGGUUGAACAGUACAGUGAUGAAGAAGCUCCAGCAGCAGCCAGCGAGCCCAAACCCUCGGCAGACGAAAGCUCAACAAAGGUAGAAGAGGUGGUGGAGGAUGAGGAGGAUGAAGAGAAGGAGGCAGAGAGGGAGGGAGGUGGAAGGAGUAAAGAGGAGAGCAAGGCAGAGGAGAAAGGAAACCUUGCUGGAGAGAGACAGAGCGGUGAUGGACAGGAGUCUACAGACGACCCUGAGACAAAGGCGGGAGGAAAACCAGGUCAGAAGCUCGACGAUGACGAGGACAGAAAGAACCCGGCCUACAUCCCAAGGAAGGGUCUGUUCUUCGAGCACGAUGUCAGAGGGCAUGCUCAGGAAGAGGAGAGACCUAAAGGUAGAAACAGGAAGUUGUGGAAGGACGAGGGUCGCUGGGAGCAUGACAAGUUCAGGGAGGAGGAGCAGGCGCCGAAGAGCCGCGAAGAGCUUAUUGCAAUCUACGGCUAUGACAUCAGAAAUGGUGGUGGCUCCGGAGACCGACCAUACCGGCAGCGCAGGCCGAGACAAAAUACAUCUCCCAGCAGAGACAAGCGGUGGAGAGAUGGAGGAGGAGAGCGACCGGUCCGAUCAUGGCAGAGUGGAGGAGGAGGUCUAAACCGAGGAGGAACUCCACCUUCAUCAAACCACCCCUCCUCUACAUCCCCCUCCUCUGUUCCUCUUUCCUCUGCUCAGCGCGGCAGCAAUCCCUCCAGACCACCUCCCUCUCGCAGCAGACCAUCCCACCAGAAUCAAAUGCACCUUCCGCCUCAGUCACAGUACAGGAAUAAUGAAUCAAACACACCCCAGAUGCACCCUAGGGAACGACAGGGCCCUAAAGCUCAGUCUGACCCUACAGGAGACAGGGGUGGGGUCAGCAGGGGAGGACGUGGUGGUGGUGGUGGUGGUGGUGGUGGUGGGGGAAGGGGGCCUUCUGUGGUCAUUGAGGAUAUUGCAGUCAGCCAAGGAGGCGUUAGGGAACAGGACCUAAGUGUUGUAACGACAGCGGCAUCAUCGCAGCCAGACGGUUACCAGUCUACAUCACCAAGACGACAGCAGCAAGAACAGCGAGGGAGCGCUGAUAGAUCUGCGGCAGGAUCAGUUGCUCCCUCCUCCACCUCUGACCCCUCCCUUCAAUCAUCAGCGACCAAUCGGGAAGCCUCUCCUCCCACCGAGCGGCCGGUGGAGCGUAAAUCUUACUCUCUGGCACGCAGGACUCGCUCUCGGCCCGCUGACCUGGGCAGCAAACAGCCAUCUAUGGAAGAGUCUGCAGCUGGAGGGAACACCUCCUCCCCAGGCAGCGUGGCGGGGAAGAGCUGGGCAGGAGCAAGCGAUGGGCCGAGUCAGGCGGGUGGAGGAGGUGGAGGGCUGACAGAGCUGGACCAGGAUGUGGCUCGACUCAGUCUGGUUGGACAGAGCUGGAGCCAGAGCCCAUCAUCCUACAUGCGGUCUGAGAUGAGAGGCCUCCCUAGUACCAUGCACAUCCCCAGUGGCCCACCCCAGUUCUCCGGCAUGGAGGAGAUGGGUGUCGGCUCCAAUCGAGCCAAACGCUACUCAUCCCAACGUCAGAGAGCCGUACCUGAGCCAGCACCACCGAUGCACCUGGGAGUGAUGGAGGGACACUACUAUGAACCCAUGUCGUACCAGGGACCAAUCUACGGGGACGGCCCCGCCCCCAUCCCGCCACAGGGCAUGCUGGUCCAGCCUGAGAUGCACAUCCCCCAUCCUGGUCUCCAUCCCCAUCAGUCAGGCGGCCCGAUCGCUAACCCCGCCCUCUACGGUGGCCCAACUGUUUCUCUGUCUCCGGGGCAACCACAGCAGCUGCUGCCACCGCCUUUCUACCCUCCACCGGGGGUCAUGACCUUUCCUUACCCCACCAUGUACCCAAGUCCACAGGGCCAGGCCCAGGUGACCUACGGAGGUGUGACAUACUACGACACGAUGCAGCAGCAAGCUCAGCCCAAGCCUUCACCUCCCCGCCGCACAUCCCAGCCCGUCACUGUCAAGCCCCCCCCUCCGGAGCUGCACUUUGCCUCAGAGUGACCCGCCCCCCCUCACCCCUCCCCGCCAUCCAGUCUCAGCCUCACUCUGAUCCGAAAACUACAGGAGUGGGAUGGGAGGGUCAGUGAGGAGCUGCGGUCCACAAUGGCAACCACCAACAUUAUCCAGAGAGGAAGGGACAGAUGGAUGGAGGUGAAGUCGGACUCUGCAGGUGAUCCACGGCAUCACUGGUGGAAUAUGACUUUUUCUUUAUAGUUUCACCUUUUGUUUUCGACCCUGUAGCAGUGAGGCGACAUGUCAUAAGUCAGACUGUUCUGUAACUCUGCAGUCGCAGGUUUGAUCCCACCAACGUGUCUUUGAGCAACAACAAAUCUGAACCUGGAAAUGUACUAACAUCUGCCUGUCGGACUGAUGAGCUCAAACCCUUUAGAAGCAUUUAACGUCACGCAGAGUUGGAUGGAUGAAGUCAAACUCUCAACGUUGGGAUCAGAGUUGUCAGUGUUGAAUUUUUUCUUUUUUUUUUUUUUUUUUUUUUUUACAGUGAAGUUUGCUGUUUCAGCAGGAUUGGGACUGAACCCUAAAAACAGCAGUGAACAGGCAAUAUAAACGGUUUCUUUGUUAUUCCAUUAUCAGCUCAUCGGUUUACUUUACACUAUACUUCAGCUAGUGUUUUGUCCUAAUAGGAAACAGGAAGUAGUUUGUCAUUUUCCAUCAUUGUUACUACAAAAAGUUCAAACAAGAUUAAAAAAAAACAGAAGCUAACUAAAAAUAAAACAGAAUUUAUGAGCAAUUCGGGGGAUGUUUGUGAGAAAUGGUUAUGUAUAUAGUUUGAAUGCAGCUCUCAGUGUCAUGUCACAGCUAGCACGGUGCUUCCUGAAAACCUCCAGAUGUUACCGUCAUGUUACAGCUGGCUGGAGUUUGUUAGUUUUGGAUGUUUUUCCCCUCCACACAGACAGACAGACAGACGGUUCUUGCACUUGAAGAUCUCUGCAUUUGUUACUGUGACUGUCUUUUAAAUGGGAAACAUAGAUUCAGAAAUCUGCGUAGCUGCACGUCAUCUUCAGUCUAAUUUAUGCUCGAUCACUCUGCACCCUGUCAGGCUGCAACUUUAGUCGACAAAACCCCAAAUAUUUGAUGUAAAUGUUAAAUCAGUUGUUACAAUUCUUGUUAGUUAAUUUUCUUUUGAUCUUGAGACUCUAACUGCAACUCAUUAACUUUUUUUUUCAUAAUGUCAUAGACAGUAAAGAGAACAGAAAAGAGGCAUGCUGUCAUUUCUCCUCCUAAAAAACCCACACAAUCACAGAAAUGUAUGUCUGUAGAUUAAGUCUGGGCAACGUAGAUGAAAAUCUCAAUUUUCCAAGCUUUUAAUACAUUUUUUCCUGAAACGAGACUAAAAUAUGAUUAAAACAUCAGAUAUUCUAUGACUUUGUGACUGCAAGCAUAUUUAAAAAAAAAUAAAAUACAGGUUAUCCCAAACACUGUUAGCACCACCACACUGUUAAACACUUUAAAUAGAGCAGUGACGUGUAGAUCAGUGAUCACUGUCAGCACAGACAGAGCAGAGAAGUCUGCUCCUUUACUCAUCUGCAGUUUGAAUUUCUUGACAUCAGUCUGACAUCUGCAGUUAGCUGCUAGCGUUAGCUCCCCAGCAGGUCGACACACUGAACAAAGUAGAAUCUGCAUACUGAUCAAGUCUGUUGUUGUAAACAGAGAUAAUUCCUCAUCAAUAAACAGAGCACAGAUCAGUGUCAGAGUCUCAUUGCAGUUUGUCCUCUUGGAGAUUUGACUAUUAGAUUUACUGCAAGUUAAACAGCUGCACACCUGGAGUCAUAACUGGCAGGUAAACUGCAGCAGGUGUUCAUGCAGUUUGAGCAAAUGGUGUGUUUACACAGGACUGCUGUAACUCCAGACGGACUCCAGACGGCUCAUGUAGCAGCUGUCAUUGACGUUACUUGUUAAAAUAACCUUUUUGUGCACAGUGUAAUAAUUCAGUGUACAUGAUGGAAACAGUGUACACAUCGUGCUAAAAAAAAUAUUCAAAUUAAUCUGAUUGAUUAGAUCCAUCACCCAGCCCAGGGACGUUGCUUUCUUUUUAUGUUUCUUUAUGGUGAGUGCUGCUAUGGUAACAGCCCAUCCAAUCACACUCUGUGAUAGACUUUGACAUAACUGAUUUGACAGUUAGGCCAAUGCUGCGUUCACAUGAAAUCAAGGAAAGCAUGACAAUGAAUUUAGGAGAGGCCAGUAGGGAAUACCAGUAAUUGUAGACAGCAUUGCUGCUAAAAUAUUUGAAUUUUUUCAGCCCUCCAGGACUGAAUUUACAACUGAAUGUUGCAUAUUUUUUCACACAAGGUGAAAACAAUUAAUUAAUGAACAUUACCAAAUAAAUGCAUGAAAUAAUAAACACAAAAUAAUUUGAUUUAAUUCUUUGUAAAUAAUACAGUACCGGCAUUAAGUUGCACGUUUUGUUUGUUCUUCCUGUUGCGUCCAAAAGAUGUUGUCCGUCUGCCGCCUGCCUGAUUCCAUGUGAACACAGCGUGAGUCAAACGAUACAAACAAAAUAAACUAACAGAAGACGUAAUGUGAUUAUAAAAUUAAACAUUAAAGGAAUACUUCACCCACAAAAUUACCAUUUAUAUAUCAGUUAUUCAUGUUGUGUUAACUUCAGUUUGUUGAUAAAAUGUGUUUUUCUCGCAUGCCUCCGGUGAACUAAGAAUCCAAAAACAGGACUAUAAGUGAAACUUAUCUAAGCUUUCAUUUUUAGUCCCAGUCAGAGAGAACUGAAGGAGAGGCAGUGCAGCAUGUUUUGGACAUACUGAGCAUAGACUUGGAUUAUACUGCACGAGUUGUGUCAGAGUUUGUAAACAGAUGUUUUACUUUAGUUUUGCCGUUGUUAAAUGUGCUCCCUUCAAUUAAUGCACAAUAUUUGCAGUUUUUGGAUUCUUCAUUUUUCUUGCAUGCCUCAAAUGAAAGAAGUCUUCCUCACAAAUUGAAGUUGACAUGCCGUGAAUAGUUGAUAUAUAAGAGGUCAUUUUGUUGGUGAAGAACUCAUUUAAAAUAUAAAAUCAGUGUAUUGGCCCUUUAAAUCCCGUUCAUCUGCUCACCCGAAUGCACUUUUUGUUUAUUUUCCGACAGCAGCUUUUUACUUUUGCAGAAAGUGAAACAAAACAAAAGUUGCACAGAAGUCCGUCGGCCAUCUGAUAUCAGCUGCUGCUGCUGGGUGGAGGCAUUUCUUGUUGCUGUACAUAGAAAUCUAAAUGUGUAUAUAGAAGCUUGAACAGAUAAAUAGAGCAGUAAACAUAAUCUAAUGAUACUACUAGUGCUACAGAACAGUCAGAUCUGAUUCAGAGCGCAUCGGCAGGGACCUUGAAUGUUAACGGUGGAUAUAAUUUAGAGAGACGACUAAGGAGCUGUGUGGCUUUAGCUUUGAUUUGUUUUGUAUUCUUUUCCUUUUUGAAAUGUUUAAUUUUAAUGAUUUUUUUUUUUAUUGUUAGUGAAUGCAGGAGUGAAAUGACGACUUCCUGCCUGAUUUCUUUGUUUUCACAUGUUAACAGGCAAUACUGAGGAAACCACUUUAUAAGACAGAAACUAUUAAUUCUUCGUUUGUUUGUUCUGCAACAAAAAUACAUUUUCAGAGAUGAAAGUAAGCAAAAAUAAAAGUGUAUUUUUCUCUUCAUUUUCCAGCAAUUUAUUUUACAUUAAAGGAUUUAGUGUUUGUGGUUUGAUGUCAAAUUAAACACAGAUAUUUAGUGCUGCCUGAACAAAAUGUCAGCCUGAUAUAUAAUGAGAAUUUCUAAUGAACUCAGUCAUGACAGAAAGCUCCUCUGCCCUGUCGGACCCCUUUGUAGUCAGGUCAUUAAAGCUGUCCUGAUGUUCUACUUUACGUAAAUACAUAUGACAGUGAUAUUAACAUGAGCACAGCUGCUGGGCCUGUAAAUGAGCGCAGACAGAACUUAAUUCAUACUGAUUGUUCUUUGAUGUAGAAACGUCAAACAUAAAGUGUGUGGUGUCGUUAGGAGCAACACUUUAUUUACUCUGAGCUCAGCAGCAACAGGAUUUAUUUCAUUUGCUUCAAAUUUUGAACUUUAAUCCUAUUAAGUUUUAUUUUGAACAGUAUUACAACCAGUAUUCUGCUUUAUUGCAGCAACAACUUCCAAAAUCUUGAGCAGCUGCUUUGAUUUAAAAAAAAAAAAAAAAACGUACUAAAAGGUGAGAUGAUAAAAAUAAAUCACUUCCCAAGCAGGAGACAGUAUUUGUUCCAGAGCUUUUUGUUUUCCGCAGAUCGUCUCAGUUUUCUUGUUUCAUGUGGGAUGAGAGCUUGAAGACGGUCGUGUUUCGGGGGUGAGGUGUGGCGAUGGUGUCCUCCCAGUUCCACACAUUGGAUCCCUCCGGCCCGCCUUACUAAAAGGUGAAACCCGUUUGUGAUGACAGCUUUGAAUUAAUUUAUCAGUAGGUUUCUAUAAAUGUUAUUGAUGUAGAAACAUUUAGAAGAUGACUCAUUCUGGUCUAACUUUCUUCUUUGAAUGAUGUUAAUGUCUGAGUCGAGAGUCGUUGGACUCUGCUGCCCAGUUUGACUUCUCUGUUGACUGUUUGACCCGAGCUGACCAGACUGUUCACUGUGACGGCAGGGUUUGUUUGUUUCAAUCUUAUGAUGAUGAUAAUUGCAACAAUGGUUUAGUUUCUGUUUGUAUGUGGAGAAUGUUGUCGUCCACACAGAGGAUCAAUAAAGAAAAUAAAACUCUUAA